AGCACGCAGCAAGUAACCGCAACACGUUACACUUCCACGCUAGCUCCACGGCAGGCUCCAAAGUCCAUACCCAUCAGCCUCAAACGAACGACCUCGAGCCCGCGACCGACCGACGCCUCCGCCAUGGCGGGAAGGCUGGUGUCCAUGCUCCGGUGGCCGCCGGACCUCGGCGGGCUGCCCAGCCAGCUGUCCGCGCUGCUGCCUUCGUCGCCGCCGAUACCGUCGCCGUCGUCGUCCUACUACGCGUUCCUCCAGGAGCGGCUGCAGUGGGACUGGGGCCCGGAGCAGCUCGGCGCGGCGGUGCGGCGGUGGCCCGAGCUGGUGCCGGACGUGCCCUUCGUCGUCGACGCCGUGCUCUGGGGCUUCAUCACCGCCGUCGAGUCCGUCGCGCUCGUCUCCAUGAUGUGCUGCUUCUUCCUCUUCUGCGGCUGCACGCUGUGAGAGCCCGCACGAGCAAGACGGAGCGUCGGAGGAUGCCAUGCCACUAAGAUAGUAUACUAGGUCAUACUUCACCGUGUGGCGUUCAUGCCAGCGGCGCCACGUGGAAGGCAUGUGUGGUGCCUAACAGGGGGAAGCUGGAGCUGCAGUCGUUGAGAUACGAUGAUUUGAGCGCGAUAGCCGUGAUAAGGCCAAGGCUGCAAAAGAGCAAAUGGGAAGAGCUGGAGAAAUGGAACGACGAGUUCGGUUCAAGCUGAUAGCGAGAACGCCUACCCCAUUGUUCGUCAAACAGAUUCAGUUUGGCGUGUAUUUGAUUUGCUCGCGGUAAUUAGUUUCAUGCAAGUGGCCGGUCACACAAACAUGGCCAUCCAAGCAUCCAAAGCAUGUAGCAAUAUGUAAAUGUUGUGUACAAGGGAAAUCGACGGCUCUUAGUCGUUCUGGUCUGGCAAAAUUA